AUUUCUCUGUAUCUGGCGAAACCUCAACACUUUGACCUCCAUUGAAGGCGUGACGUUGUCAGAGAGAUAGUUAGAUAUGAAAUGGAAAGGAGGCAGCGAUCUAAAUUACUUCAGUGUCACAAAGUCAUCUACCUAGUUGUCGCAUGCUGCCGAGGGCUAAGGAUAGUCCUUCAAAAUUCAAGAUCACACAUCAGCACUCUCGGUGCCGACCUCGAAGUGUCUAGGACAUUCUACAACUGAAACCCAUCAAUAUUGAACUCUUAUGAAAAUGAACGGUGGCAAAAAGAAGAUGGAGGACGAGGCCGUGCUGGACCGAGGCGCCUCCUUCCUCAAACACGUCUGUGAUGAAGAGGAGGUAGAAGGUCACCACACCGUCUACAUCGGAGUGCAGAUGCCCAAGAGCUACCGGCGUCGGAGACGUCAACGCCGGAGAGGAAGCCACAAGGACAGGAAGGAUCAUCUGACGGAGAACGCCUCUGACAGGUCCGACACAGAAAACAACGAUGAGGCCAGCAACAGCAUCCUCAAACCGCUCAUCUCUCCAGCGGGCGAGAGGAUCCGCAUUAUGCUGGGAGAGGAUGAUGAUGGACCGUCACCACCUCAACUCUUCACUGAGCUGGAUGAGCUGCUCUCUGUGGAUGGGCAGGAGAUGGAGUGGAAGGAGACAGCCAGGUGGAUCAAGUUUGAGGAGAAGGUGGAGAAGGGAGGAGAGCGUUGGAGUAAACCCCACGUGGCCACGCUGUCGCUCCACAGCCUGAUGGAGCUCCGGACUUGCAUCGAGAAAGGAACCAUCAUGCUGGAACUGGAGGCCUUCACGCUGCCGCAAGUCGUUGAGUUUAUCACAAACAGCCAGAUAGAGAGCGGUCUGCUGAAGGCGGAGCUAAAGGACAAGGUGACGUACACAUUGCUACGGAAACAUCGACACCAGACAAAGAAGUCCAACCUGCGCUCGCUAGCUGACAUCGGCAAGACGGUCUCCAGUGCAACCCGUAGUCCGCUUGAAAACUCAGUGCCUUGUCUAACAGUCCGUGCCUCAAUGGAGGAGCUGCAGACCCAACGAAGCCCCAGCAUGGACUGGCUUAGCAGUCCAGCCACCACACAUCGGAACCUGGCCUCAAGCAGCAUGAACGACAUCUCCGACAAACCAGAGAAAGACCAGCUGAAGAACAAGUUCAUGAAGAAGCUUCCCCGAGAUGCCGAGGCAUCCAACGUUCUCGUUGGAGAGGUGGACUUCCUGGACACCCCCUUUGUGGCAUUUGUCCGUCUACAGCAGGCUGUGAUGCUGGGAGCUCUUACAGAAGUCCCUGUCCCCACCAGAUUCCUGUUCAUCCUUUUAGGACCCAAAGGAAAAGCCAAGUCCUAUCAUGAGAUAGGAAGAGCUAUCGCCACCCUCAUGUCAGAUGAGGUGUUCCAUGACAUAGCAUACAAGGCAAGGGACAGAGAGGAUCUGCUGGCUGGCAUCGAUGAGUUUCUGGAUGAGGUGAUUGUACUGCCCCCGGGGGAAUGGGACCCGGCCAUCAGGAUAGAACCGCCCAAGUCUGUACCUUCUGCUGACAAAAGGAAGAACAUGUAUGCUGGAGGCGACAGUGGCCAGAUGAACGGAAACACGCCCCAUGAUGGGGGGGAGGGGAGGGGGCAUGCAGUGGGAGACGAGCUCAAGAAGACAGGCAGGUUUUGUGGAGGCCUCCUACUUGACAUCAAAAGGAAAGCUCCAUUCUUCGCCAGUGAUUUCUACGAUGUGUUCCACAUCCAGGCACUGUCAGCCAUCCUGUUCAUCUACCUAGGAACCGUAACUAACGCCAUCACCUUCGGAGGGUUGCUAGGAGACGCCACCGACAACAUGCAGGGUGUGUUGGAGAGCUUCCUGGGCACGGCGGUAUCUGGAGGGAUCUUCUGUCUGCUGGCUGGCCAGCCUCUCACCAUCCUCAGCAGCACUGGACCUGUUCUGGUCUUCGAGAGGCUGCUAUUCAACUUCAGCAAAGACAAUGACUUUGACUAUCUGGAGUUCCGGCUGUGGAUUGGUCUGUGGUCUGCGUUCUUUUGUCUGCUGCUGGUUGCUACUGACGCCAGCUACAUGGUUCAGUACUUCACCCGAUUCACAGAGGAGGGCUUCUCCUGCCUCAUCUCCUUCAUCUUCAUCUAUGAUGCCUUCAAGAAGAUGCUGAAGCUGGCUGACUACUACCCCAUCAACUCUGACUACCAGAUUGACUAUGUCACCCAGUAUGACUGUAUGUGUAUGGCCCCUACCAUCUUAGAAAACAGUACGGAGGUGUUUGGAGAUCCUCUGGAUGCUGAAAGCACUGCUGUCUGGUACUUCAACAACACUGAUCUACCUCUGAAUGCCACGUGGUCGUCCCUGUCUAAGAAGGAUUGUGUGAAGUAUGGAGGAGAGCUGGUGGGGAAGGCAUGUAAAUAUGUUCCUGACAUCACUCUGAUCUCCUUCAUCCUUUUCCUGGGAACCUACACUACCUCCAUGAUGCUGAAGAAGUUCAAGACCAGUCCUUUCUUCCCAACAUGGGUGAGGAAACUAAUCAGUGACUUUGCCAUUAUCUUGGCUAUCCUGAUCUUUUGCGGUGUGGACAUGCUAGUAGGAGUGGACACUCCCAAGCUCAUAGUCCCAACUGAGUUCAAGCCAACGAGCCCCAACCGUGGCUGGUUUGUUCCCCCGUUUGGAGGCAAUCCUUGGUGGGUGUACGUGGUGUCAGCGGUGCCUGCCCUGCUGGUCACCAUCCUACUCUUCAUGGACCAGCAGAUCACCGCUGUCAUCGUCAACAGGAAGGAGCACAUGCUGAAGAAAGGCGCAGGCUACCACCUGGACCUGUUCUGGGUUGCAGUUCUGAUGAUUGUAUGUUCCUUCAUGGGGUUGCCAUGGUACGUGGCGGCGACGGUCAUCUCAAUCGCUCACAUAGACAGUCUGAAGAUGGAGACAGAGACAUCCGCCCCUGGAGAAAUGCCCAAGUUCUUGGGAGUGAGGGAGCAGAGAGUCACUGGUGUGUGUGUAUUCAUUCUGACGGGGCUGUCUGUCUUUAUGUCUCCCAUCCUCAAGUUCAUCCCCAUGCCAGUGCUGUAUGGAGUGUUCCUCUACAUGGGCGUGGCCUCUCUUAAUGGAGUGCAGUUCAUGGACCGUCUCCAGCUGCUCCUGAUGCCAGCUAAGCAUCAGCCUGACCUUGUGUACCUGCGCCAUGUUCCUCUGAGAAAGGUCCACCUGUUUACCUUCAUCCAGAUCCUGUGUCUGGCACUGCUCUGGGUCCUCAAGUCCACCGUAGCCGCGAUUAUCUUCCCUGUCAUGAUCCUGGCCCUGGUGGCGGUGAGGAAGACAAUGGACUACAUGUUCUCUCAACACGAGCUGAGCUUCCUGGAUGAUGUCAUCCCUGAGAAGGACAAGAAGAAGAAGGAGGACGCUAAGCAGAAGAAGAAGAUGAGGAGCAUUGACAGUGACAUAGAUGAUUCUGACUUCCCCUACACUGAGAAUGUCCCCAGCAUUAAGAUCCCCAUGGACAUGAUGGAGCAGGAACCCUUCUUAGGAGAUAAAUCCUCAUCAUUCCUGGAUCGACACUCAUCGUGCUGAGCAGCUGCUCUUCUACCAGGCCAACUGUCAGUCAAGUCCAGAGAUGAGUCCACUCAACGUGCCUCAGAUUAGAAUUGAGAUGGACCCUGAUGACAACGGUUACCGCUGGAAGAGCCGAGGGUCUGAGACCUCUCUGUAGCCCCUACUCAACAGCCCCAAGACCCUCGUCUAUGCC